GCCUGGGAGCGGAUUUUGACGGUUCAGCCCAAGAUACUGGGUGGGGAUCUCGAUCUAUCUGAUUGUCCAUUGGGCACGAGGUGGUCCCGCGAGAAAAAAGUUCAAGGUAUCACGCGGUUCAAUUUGGCCGCGUACCGGGAUCAGCUUGCAGUUCUCGCAGAGUCUGAUUUUGUCUGGAUGCCGUACACGACUCUUUUGGGUCGUAUUGCCAGGGUUUGUCUUGUGGGACAGGGCAUAUGGCGAUCUCAGACAUGGCUCAUCUGCGGUGACGUCGUUACGCCACACAACCCCAGUAGGGUAUUUCGCCAAUUUGGUUAUCACCAGCGGAUACCCGGCGACGCAUUACUUCUCACCGCGGCGGAAAUUACUAGCCUGCUCAAGAGGAAGCCGUUUGGAGGAUCCGAUAGGAGAUGGUUACAACAACUAGGGAUAUAUCUCCGUGUUUGGAAUGAUCGCCACGGCCAAGUUGUGGGGACUGAUGAUCUUUAUGUUGGCGAGCCUUCCGCAGAUCCGGAGUAUCUCUUGUGGUACCAUCAGUUUUGUGAAGCCACAUUGAUGGAGGACGUUCGUAGUCUGAGUAUUAUAGGCCAGCGUACUUUCGACGCGGACUCCUUUGGUUAUGAUCGCUUAGGCGAGAUUGCCCAGGUUGCUGAGCGGGCGUUGUCCGUCAAUGUAACAAAUAUUGUACGUCACGAUCUCGAUAGGCAUGUUGAGGUUCAUGACAUUUUGAGUCAAGAACUUGCACCUGUAGACCCGACCCAGCAACAUCCACCACCCAGACCUCCGAGGCGUUCGCGCAGGUCUCAGCGUGGGCGUGGGGGGCAAGAGACAAUCACAACAUCUCAGCCACAUCAGUCCUCCCAGCAUGAGCAGUCUCAUAUUCCCUUCACUGGCGGUUCAUCCCAUCAGUCUCCCCAUCAGUCUCCACAUCAGUCUCCACUCCAUUCUCGACAGCAUUCAGCCCAUCAGUCUCCACAUCAUUCAUCCCAUCAGUCUCCACAUCAUUCUUCGCCGACCCAUCAGGCGUUUUACCGUCCGAUUAUGUCUCCCCAGCACCAGCAGUCCAAUUUUUCCUUCACUCAGUUUUCCUCCCCUCAGACUUCUCAGCGUCAGUUUGGAGAUUCUUUUAUUGACUUUUCUGGGUUUCAGCAGAGUUCGCUAGAUGGCCAGUCGAUACAUUACACGAGUAACUUUCUUUCGAGUAUGUUCGAGGGUGUUGCGGGUCAGCAUCAGGCUGAUAACCCAGCUGAGGGUGAGCGUGAGAGUCAGGGUGAGGAUGAGGCUGAGGAUGAGGCUGAGGAUGAGGAUGAGGAUGAGGAUGAGGCUGAGGAUGCAGACCAGGAUGAUCAGUUUGAGGGUCAGGGUUAUCAGCGCCAUGAGGAGCAGGGAUCGAGUCAGACUCUAGGGACUCCACCGUUGGCUGUGAGUAAAGGCCAGAGAGUGACGAAGGAGCCCGAUAGAUUGACUUAUAGCCUUUUUCGGGCUAAAAAGCCCAAGAAGAAGUAG